AUGAUGCGUGGAACUACUGCCGUGCGGCCGACCGUGGUGGCAGAGCGAAUGAAUCAGACCGUGCCAUGUUUCAACCGUAUCGCAAUGCAGCAAGCGCAGCAAGCUCCAUCCAGGUCCAGCACUGGUCAGCCAGCGCCCCAUGCCCAAGCACCACAAGCUGCAAAAGCUGCGCCAAAUGGUCAAUCACCGCCAAUGCCACAGAUUGGAUCCUGGGAAGGGCCUGCCAAGGGGAUGCGCCUGCUGUCGCCACGAGUUCAAAAAGUUCCAACUCCACAAACCGUCCGGAGCACUUCGGCGGAGAGUCAUCCACUGACUUACAUGCCAGGCACUGGUGGUCGCCGGGAAGAAGCCAGUGACGUGCGUGCGAGCACAGUAGAUCCAGUGGGUCAGGCAUUUUCAAGGCAAGCACGUCACAGCUACAGCAGCCCUGGAACCAACUUGCGUGGAGGCUGCACCGGACAGGGCACCGUUCGCAAGGACAGACCACCAAGCGCGACUCACAGCCUGGUACCCGUGGAUGAAGAAGAAAUGGAUGCAGGUGAUCGUGGUCGCGUGGCGCCUGGAAUGUCAGGCAACUUCAAGCCUCGCGGAACACAAAGCCCAAGGGCAUCAUCACAAUCAGGGCAGGCUCAAAAUGAAGCAGCACGUUUGCAAUAUUUGGAAAGCGAACUGGCCCUGUUUACAUCCAAGAUGACCGAGAUGAGGAGUGUCGCUGAAGCCCUGCAAGAGGAGAUUCACAUCUCGCGCCCAAGUCCAACAAGCAGUAUCACAACCGGCACGCCAAGUGGAACUCCCUCCUUUGCCAAUGCGAGUGCUGGGGAUGUCAUCGAGGCCUUAAAGAAGGUCCUCAGCAAGGACAAUCACGACUCCGAGAGGGCGCUCCCCUUCCGCUCACCCUCUUUGCAGAACGACCUCAUGCAGGAGGUGCGACAACUGCACCAAGAUAUGAAGCUUCAAGCUGAAGCUCAAAAACAACUCACCAUGAAAAUGGAAGCUAUGUUCCAGGAGGAGAGGGCAAAGAGAGAUGAGGCUUUUCAGCAGAUGGAACAACGUUGGCAGACAAGUUUGCAGGAAGAAUCUUCCCUUCGUCGGGCAGUGGAGGGGCACAUCGAAGAACGGCUCACAUCUUCAAUGCGGGAGAUGCGCAUGGAAGCAGGCACAGCUUCGGCAAAGGCCCAACAGGUUGUGAAUGAAUUCAACCAGCUGAGAGACAACUUGCGCCAAGAACAGAAUCUGCAAAAGUUGGAGAUUGGCAAUGCCAGCGCAGAUCUUUCCAGGCUGAUUGACGAAGUUCGCAAGGCUGGUAUCACUGGGGACGUCACCUCGGUGACCUCGACGGAAAUGACGGAGAACUUGGUGCGUGCAGAAGUUCGUCGGCAGCUGGCUGAGAGGUACACUGAAGCGACUGUCGAUAAUGCCUUGUCUUUGGAGAUGCAAGCUUUGGCUGCUCGCCUUGACCAUCUUGAACGUUCCUUGGAAAAUGAGAUUACCAGCCGUCAGGAGGAGGGCAGCACAUUCCUUUGUGAGUUGCAUUCGCUGAUGAAGGAGCAAGGCCAAAGCCACGCAAAGGCAUUCCAGGACUUUGAAGAUGCAUUCAAGUCCAAGCUGGAUGCUGUCAUGUCAGAGGUACAGACAACAAAAGAGAACUGCUUGGAAGAGGAGAAGGUGCGUCGACAGCAAAUCCACCAAGAGACGAAGGACAGGGAGGAGACUGCUGUAAGGAUUUUGAGGGCCGUCGAAGAAAAGAUUAUCUCUGAGACCAAAAACUGUCGGCAAGCCUUAGUCGAUCAACAAGGCAGGUUGGAAGGUUUUGUGACCAAUCACGGGCACGCCAUCAACAAAUUGGUGGAGAAGAAUUCGGAGGAGUUGCAAGCUGCUCAAAAUGAUUUGUUGCAGCUACGCGAUGAGCUCAAAGAGGCGCGCGAUGACUGGAAAGUGGGCUCGCCACCGUUCAAGCUCAACGGAGGAGGUCCAGGUCCCUGUAUGGAGCAUGCUUUGGACAUUGAAGAGCUUCGUACUCAAAUGGCAUCUGAACGCUUGGCACGAGAACAAGCGGAUGAUAGAUGUAUGGACAAUAUCCGUGACAUGAUCAACGAGGAGCAAGGGAAGCGUGGCCUUGAAUUGCAAGCUCUCGAGCUGCGCUUGAGCAAAAAGGAGGCAUGCCAAACGACUACGUUCAGCAAUCGUCCCACGACAUCCAUUUGCCAGACAAGUCGACCUACCAUGCCAACGACGACAACCAUGAUCCAGGUGCAAGGGGCCGCGGCCGCGCUUUCAAGUUUCUCCGCCUGA